AUUUAGUUCAUGCAGCCGCAGUCGCAGCAGUUUCAGCAUCCCUUAUAUAUCUUCGGUCGUUCUCCUGCUCAGCAACCACAGCAAGUACAGCAACAGCAGUAUCAGCAACCACAGCAAAUACCGCAACAGCAACAGCAACAGCAACAACAACAGCAACAACAGCAACAACAGCAACAGCCAGGCAUUUUAUUUCAGCCUCCAAAUUUACUUAACAAUACUCAGAUCAAGACAACCGUACCUUUUAAUGGUGUUGAGAGAAAGAUAGAGAGAGAGAGAGAGAGAGAGAGAGAGAGAGAGAGAGAGAGAGAGAGAGAGAGAGAGAGAGAGAGAGAGGAAGAGAAAGAGAUAGGGAGCAACACAGAGAGGGAGGGAAGAGAGAGAGAGAGAGAGAGAGAGAGAGAGAGAGAGAGAGAGAGAGAGAGAGAGAGAGAGAGAGAGAGAAUGAGAGAGAGAGUGAGUGAGAGAGAGAGAGAGAGAGAGAGAGAGAGAGAACGAGAGAGAGAAAGUGAGAGAGAGGGGGGGGGUGAGAGAAAGAGAGAGAGUGAGAGAGAGAGAGAGAGAGAGAGAGAGAGAGAGAGAGAGAGAGAGGGGGGGGGGGGAGGGUUGUGAAAGCAUACGUUACACGUGUACAGCA